ACUCUGUUGUUUCUUUCAUUUAGUUUUUUCCAUUCAUAAUUCUUCAUUUGUCCGUAACUCAAUAACGUGCAACGUCGGUGCUUAAAAAGAAGUUAUCGUCAAGUUUGUUGUAUUUCAAUGCACAGGCACGCGAAGAGUUACGUGAUUGAUUUGGUGAGAAACCAAUCGCAGCUUUAGUAAACUCGACCCUGUCCAGUCAUGUGCACUUAAGGCGGGAUUUAAUCUUUCAUCGUUGGGAUGGGGGCGAAAAAGCGAUUUGACAGCUCGUCAGGCAGCUAACCAGCAGCCACCGGGGAGAGACAGCUUCCUGCAUAUAGUUUUGUUAUUUGGUUUGGCCUCCUUUUCUUUGCCAUUCCGUCGACUGAAGACGAAACAUGACCUCCAUAGACGAGAGCAAUAAAGAAAAGUUGCGCUCCGUAUCUGUGGACUUAAACAGUGAUGCCUCUCUACUCAUUGACAUUCCUGACGCACUCUGUGAAAGGGACAAAGUCAAGUUUACGGUCCAUACAAAGACCACACUUAGCUCUUUCCAGAAGCCAGACUUCUCCGUUCCCAGGCAGCAUGAGGAUUUCAUCUGGUUACACGACGCUCUGGUUGAGACUGAGGACUAUGCCGGCUUAAUUAUUCCACCAGCACCCCCAAAGCCCGACUUUGAGAGCCCAAGAGAGAAAAUGCACAAACUGGGUGAAGGUGAAUCCACCAUGACCAAGGAGGAGUACACUAAGAUGAAGCAAGAACUGGAAGCAGAGUACCUGGCUGUGUUUAAGAAAACUGUCCAAGUGCACGAGGUCUUCCUGCAGAGAUUGUCCUCUCAUCCGAUUUUAAGCAAAGACAGAAACUUCCAGAUUUUCUUAGAGUACGACCAGGAUCUCAGCGUGAGGAGGAAGAAUGCAAAAGAGUUUUUUGGAGGGUUCUUUAAGAACAUGGUCAAGUCUGCUGACGAGGUCCUUAUCUCAGGAAUAAAGGAAGUCGAUGAGUUUUUCGAGCAGGAGAAGACGUUCCUCCUCGACUACUACAGCAAAAUAAAAGAUUCCACGGCCAAGGCGGAGAAAAUGACCCGUUCGCACAAAAAUAUUGCAGAUGAUUACAUCCACAUCUCUGCCACUCUGAACACUCUCAGUGCUGAUGACAGCACAGCAAAUAAGAAGAACCUGGAGAAAUUGUCAGACCUGUUUGAGAAGCUCAGAAAAGUGGAGGGAAGAGUUGCAUCUGACCAGGAACUGAAACUGACAGAACUGCUAAGAUACUACAUGAGAGACAUCCAGGCUGCUAAGGACCUGCUGUACAGGCGAGCCCGGGCGUUAGCCGACUACGAGAACUCAAACAAAGCUUUGGACAAGGCUCGACUGAAGAGCAAGGACAUUCCCCAGGCGGAGGAACAUCAGCAGCACUGCCUGCAGAAAUUUGACAAGCUCUCCGAAUCUGGGAAGAAAGAGCUCACCAGUUUCAAGGGCAGACGUGUUGUGGCCUUCAGGAAGAACCUCAUAGAGAUGUCUGAGCUUGAGAUAAAACACGCCAAGAACAACGUGGCUCUAUUGCAGGGAUGCAUUGAGCUGCUUAAGAGCAACUGAUGCGUUGUCAAGUGCCCCUGUCCCACCAUCACCAAGUGACCAGUCAUAGCAAAUGGAAACCUGGCGUCGCUGGGGGCCUUGCAAGGACAUGACUCCAAGCCCUAUCUCUGCUUCCACCUGGGUCUGAUGCCACUUUAAAAACCCUGCUGCCAGAGAAAUUGUAAGCACAGUGUCUUCAUGUUUACAGAGUCCCUGUCCUCUGGUCUGCGGUCCAUCCUUUUUCCAUUGUCUAUGGAUUUUCAGCUCAAUGUGAAUGGCUCCCGAGAAUGCCAACUUUAUUGUCUUCCGUAUUUUUACUACGCCAAUAGAUGCAAUUUUUCUUGAUUCCUCUUUCUUUAUAUUACACAGAUAAUGUAGUAUACUUCUUUUUUUUUUUUUGGAUCCUACGUAUGCCUCUAUUCUUUAACCACCUUCCUCAUAUGCAUUUUUAAAUAACUCUUUCAAAGGCUGAAAUGCUAGUGUGUGUGCGCACAAUGUGCUAGUUUGGUCGGGCUUUUUUUGUUUUGCUAAUGGAUCCGUUUUACAGAAGCAAAAUGAGUGCCUGGAAAAAACAUCCUCAUGCUCUGCAUUCCUGGGUUCUGAGAUUAGUGUACAGAUGAACCAACCCUGUAUUAAGGAGACUCAUGACCGACUUAGAAGACGAGACAGAUCAUCUUCAAGUGUUCAAAAAUAGCCGCGCUUCACCUCAGGAAUUGGACGCUUGGAUUGGGUCUCUGCAUUCUUGCUUGCAAGAAGUUUGCAAGAAAUCCCACAGUUAUCAAAGAUGCACAUUAGUUUUGUAAACACGGAUGUAUCCCCGAUGAUUUGCGAUUUGCGAGAGGAGUGGGUGAAACGGUAGACUGCUGGAACAUGUAGUAAUUUUACAAAAUGUAAUCUAAUGUAACAUUAGUAAUGAGUGUUAUUUUGGUUUUGUUUGAAGACACUGACAGCUACGUGUGUUAUUUCCACAGCAGCUCAUUCACCCUCUCCUUUUCUGUAUCUUACCAUUCUUUUUAUCCCCCCCUCCCUUUUGUUAUCAAUGGAGUCUUAUGAUGUAUUACCCUAGACCCUCUAGGCAGUUUGUUUAACUCAAACAAACUCUUGAAAAGAUGCACUAAGAAGAUAAGAAAUACUUUACAAUCAUGACCUGGCUCAGCGCAGUGUUAUAGUUUUAUAAGAAAGAAGUGAAUGUAUUUCUAAUGGAUUCCCACUGCGAGAUUUCCCUUACAAAAGUUGCUUUUCUGAUGGAUCAACAGCGUUUUAUAAAUUUGUAAUAAUGGCGUUAAAUAAAUCCUACUUUCCCAA